CUCAAACUAACUUUCUCUCGCACGGAGAGCAGUGACGUGACAGUGCGACCAAUGAGAAGCGAGAAGGCGUGGACAGCUUGUUGUGCUGAAUAUGGGGGUGAAGCUGGAGGUUUUCAGGGUAAAUAUGACAUGUGACCUUUUAACCCUUCUUUAUCUCUCGGGUAAUAGAUGAGGGUUAAGGUAUUCUGUUUGGGAAUUGUUGGGUUUUUAGUAUAAAGGUUGUCCCCUGCUGAGGUCAGAAGAGGUGCACAUGCAGUCAUGCUGCACAUUUCUCCUACAGCAGAGGUGAAAGGGCUGUCCCCUAAAUCUUACUAGGUGCUCAUCCUAUAAGUCUUCUGGAGUUUUGGCUUUAUAUUUGUCACCCAGCUAUGUGCUUCUUAAAGGCAAAGCCCUGCAUGCAUACAGAUGAAUGACUGCAAAUUUUGCAUUGUUAUGGUUGUUUAGGGUUUAUUUACUAAAGUUUAUUUAAAACUAAAAAAGCUACAAUUUCUGGUGAAAUUGUGUGAAAUGUUCUUGCCUCCACCAGUAGUCUACAACUGGAGUGAGCUGAGUAACUGUUGUGUGGUUGGAGUGGCUGGACUACCUGUGGAAAGGUUGGAGUGUGGUUCACUCACUCUACAGCAAGGGCAGAGAAGAACUUUCAAAUCUUUCAAAUCCCUCGAACAUUCCACCAACUGCCAACAGGAACUAAUAGAUUUCAAAUAGGGCAGAGAAGAGCGGUUAGAAACAAACUGCUCCAAAUUGCUCAAUAAGAAUAAUAAUAAAUAUAUGUGAGAUAAUAGUAAGUGGUCUUGCCAUGGAGGGAUAUAAAUGUACCGUUGUGGCAGGCUUAUGCAAUGUAUGAUCAUAUAAUGUAACUAAACCCCCAUUAUUUUUGCCUAGAUUAGGUGUUUAAAAAAAAAUAAAAAAAUCUUAUAUUGAUUUGUACACUGAAAAGAGCGGCUUUUUUAGUUUUUAACACUGAUAUGAUGCAAUAUAUAUUUUAGACCAUGUUUUGCAUGUUUUUCGUUAUAUAUGAUAAGUGAUCAACUGUCUCCCUUUUUCCCUUAUGUAGGUAUUUUUAAUGUUUUUCACCUAAUGCUUGUGUAUAAUAAUUGUUUUAACUAGAUACGUCUGAAUUAAGAAUGCUGCUUAAAAAGGUUUAUGUGCGCAGUAUGGUUGUUCUGUUUUUACACAAUGUGGAAUUUCAAAUAUGGUUCAAUUAGCCUCUGAGGGCAGAUCAGGACUUCAGUUACAGGAUAUCAAUAAUGACACAAUUUGUAGGGGCGGGGAGACCAUCUACCCGGUGAGACUCACAGCCAGGACGUCACAGGAAGUGAUGUAGAGAUGUCUUGGCGUGAUGACGUCUCUGCAUGAUGCCACCACCUGCAAGUAGGAAAUGGAGGGAGAGGGUGCAAGUUCCAAUUUCCGUUUUUAGGAUUUAAAUGGAUGGACAGCUGAUGGAGAUAGAUAUGCAGCAGGAGGAAGGCUAUUUAGCCGAAACACGUUGUGCAAAUUUGGACUUUUAUUGGACUUUAUGUUUUGCAAUGAGGACAUCCAGUGUCAGCUAAAACUCCAUAGCAUUAUUUCCCCCUGCCAGCUGACUUUGGCGGAGGAGGUGCAGAGGAGAAACCUGACCCAGAGCCAAGGGACAUCAGUGCUGGAAUCAGGUAAGUGACAAAAGGGUUUUCAGCCCCACGGGGGGCUAGGAAUACAACAUUGUGGUUUCCAUUUCCAUUUUAAAUUCACUACAAAGUCCUGAAAUAUUCUUACUCAACAUAUGUAGUUUAGCUUAGGGAUAUGCAAAGAACAUGGUCAUGCAAUUCUUGGUUGCAGCAUAUAUGUCUUCUACCGCUCCUACUCUGCAGCUAGUACUUGACUGGCUUACCAAAGCAAAAAUGUACAAAGAAUUGUCUUACUGCUCCAGGUGUGCCCUCCCAAUGUUCCAAAAAAUCUGGCACAAAUUGAAGACACUUCCCCACUUCGAAACUCUGGAUGACCUGGUCCUUCUUCUCUUCUAACUAUCUCUUCUUUCAUACAGACAUACUUAUUCAGGCACACAGUCAUAAAGAUAUACAAACACACAGUCAUAAAAGGCAAACAAUCAAAUAAAGCCAUACAUGAACAAAGAUAGAGCCAUAUAGGAACACAGAAACACAUACAGAGACAUCCAGGCAUAGUCAUACAGAGAUACAGGCAUGCAUAGACAUACAGACACAAAUAUGCAGUCAUACAGAGAUAAAGAUACACAAUCAUACAGAGGCAUAUGGUCACAGGCAUACAGACACACAUACAUAAAGAGACAUACAGAAGCAUACAUACACAGACAUAUAGUCAUACAGAGACAUACAGAAAUGCCCAGAGUUUCACAGACACAGGCAUACAGUCAGAGAAAGACAGACAUACAGACACAGACAUAUUGUCAUACAGAGACAUACAGACAAAUGCAUACGGAGACAUACAGGCACGGGCAUACAGAGACAUACAUACUUAACAUAUAGUCAUACAGAGACAUACAACCAAAGGCAUACGGAGACAUACAGGCAUACAAACACAGAAACAUACAGACAAAUGCAUACAGAGACAUACAGGCACAGGCAUACAGAGACAUAAAUACUUAACUUACAGUCCUACAGAGACAUACAACCAAAGGCAUACGGAGACAUACAGGCAUACAAACAGACAUUUAGUCAUAUAGAGACAAGGGCAUUCUGAGACAUAAAGACACAGGCAUAUAGACACAAUCAUACAGAAACAGACACAGGUAGUCAUACAUGCAGUCACCGUUACAUACUUACAUCUCAGCCCUGUGCAAUCAGGUCCCUGGAAAGUGUGCUGUCUGCCUCUGUGGAGUUCCCUGCUGCCCAGUACAAUCUCUAGGCUCCAGCAGAGAUAUGACGUGAUUCACAUCCCUGCCACAGUAUCCGACCUUGAUUAUAAUGUUGCUUGUUAGACUUAUGUGGAUACCUCUGAAUCUUAUUUGUGCACAUUGUAUAAAUGCAUCGCUACCUUUUUCAUAUUAUUUCAGCACUUUUGUAAUUUCUAUUUACAAAUACUAAUAAUUCUAACAUGAAAAAGAAAAUGAAAUUCGCUUUGAAUUCUCAAUAAUUCUUACUCUUGAGGAUAACCUUAAUUUAAAUAUUAGUCUUGUCCAUUAUUAGUCUAAACAUUUCAGACUAAGUACCUGUGUAUGCCCAAAGUCUGGAAUGUGGCUUCAUAUGGUUUGUGCUCCACGUUCUACCUUUAUUGUAGCUUUUUAUGACAUGUUAAUAAACCCUAAAAUCACGUAUUAUGACGUAGGAUGACAUCACUCCUAUAUUUGAGUGCAUUGACUUCAGAGGAUGCAAGUCACAUGUUAUAUACAUCAUUAUGAUAUAAUAGUAAAUCAUGAUGUAGGAUGACAUCACUCCUUAUUUGGGCGGGUCACUGUGAACAUCCAGGACAGAUAGACAGUAAGGUUGCACAUAAGAAAGUGCAGCCUUACCUGUGUCUCGAGGUCAGAAUUGUCUUAACCCCUUAAGGACAUGUCAUGAUUCCCUUUUAUUACAGAUGUUUGGUCCUUAAGGGGUUAAAAGCAGACAAAUUAGUAUGCAAAGAUAUUUUUUGUUUUUCAUAUUUUAAACUAUAUAUUUUUUUUUAAAAAACAACUUUAAUUUCUUUCAAAUUAAAAAGAGUGUUUAAAAUUACCCAAAUCAUAUUUUUGAAUUAUUUGUUUAGAGAAGGAAUACACACGUAAUAAAUGCCUGUUCAAUCAAAUACUAAACAAGACAAGAUGGAAUAAUUUCACCUAAUUCUAUUUUUCAUUGAUUUUGUCCCUAAAAUACUAUAGUUUUUACUAAUGUUUGCAUAAUGUGAAUUAAUAAUUUGUAGCACUGGUAGCCACUUUAAAGGAAUCUUCUGCGUCAUUUUAUUUUAUUUCCUAAUCUGUUUAUGCAUUCUCUACCAAUGCACUAAAUACUGGGGAAUGGUCAACUCCUGCACAUAGUGUGUCUCUUUCACUCACAGAAACUAAGCAACAUUUACAUUGUGCUCAAAAUCCAACCUCAAAUUAUACCGGGUGAUAUCGUUAUUGCAUUGCAUUACAACAUCUUCCCGGGAUUAUAACACGGCUAGUCUACAUGUUUGCCAAUAACUAAAAUGGCGAUUUGGUAAACUCACUAGUAAUCCCACCCUUUACUGGUGUGCUAGAUUGCCAGUUUAGUACCCGCCCAGAACGUUAUAUUGACCAAUCAGCAGCCUCAAACUAACUUUCUCUCGCACGGAGAGCAGUGACGUGACAGUGCGACCAAUGAGAAGCGAGAAGGCGUGGACAGCUUGUUGUGCUGAAUAUGGGGGUGAAGCUGGAGGUUUUCAGGGUAAAUAUGACAUGUGACCUUUUAACCCUUCUUUAUCUCUCGGGUAAUAGAUGAGGGUUAAGGUAUUCUGUUUGGGAAUUGUUGGGUUUUUAGUAUAAAGGUUGUCCCCUGCUGAGGUCAGAAGAGGUGCACAUGCAGUCAUGCUGCACAUUUCUCCUACAGCAGAGGUGAAAGGGCUGUCCCCUAAAUCUUACUAGGUGCUCAUCCUAUAAGUCUUCUGGAGUUUUGGCUUUAUAUUUGUCACCCAGCUAUGUGCUUCUUAAAGGCAAAGCCCUGCAUGCAUACAGAUGAAUGACUGCAAAUUUUGCAUUGUUAUGGUUGUUUAGGGUUUAUUUACUAAAGUUUAUUUAAAACUAAAAAAGCUACAAUUUCUGGUGAAAUUGUGUGAAAUGUUCUUGCCUCCACCAGUAGUCUACAACUGGAGUGAGCUGAGUAACUGUUGUGUGGUUGGAGUGGCUGGACUACCUGUGGAAAGGUUGGAGUGUGGUUCACUCACUCUACAGCAAGGGCAGAGAAGAACUUUCAAAUCUUUCAAAUCCCUCGAACAUUCCACCAACUGCCAACAGGAACUAAUAGAUUUCAAAUAGGGCAGAGAAGAGCGGUUAGAAACAAACUGCUCCAAAUUGCUCAAUAAGAAUAAUAAUAAAUAUAUGUGAGAUAAUAGUAAGUGGUCUUGCCAUGGAGGGAUAUAAAUGUACCGUUGUGGCAGGCUUAUGCAAUGUAUGAUCAUAUAAUGUAACUAAACCCCCAUUAUUUUUGCCUAGAUUAGGUGUUUAAAAAAAAAUAAAAAAAUCUUAUAUUGAUUUGUACACUGAAAAGAGCGGCUUUUUUAGUUUUUAACACUGAUAUGAUGCAAUAUAUAUUUUAGACCAUGUUUUGCAUGUUUUUCGUUAUAUAUGAUAAGUGAUCAACUGUCUCCCUUUUUCCCUUAUGUAGGUAUUUUUAAUGUUUUUCACCUAAUGCUUGUGUAUAAUAAUUGUUUUAACUAGAUACGUCUGAAUUAAGAAUGCUGCUUAAAAAGGUUUAUGUGCGCAGUAUGGUUGUUCUGUUUUUACACAAUGUGGAAUUUCAAAUAUGGUUCAAUUAGCCUCUGAGGGCAGAUCAGGACUUCAGUUACAGGAUAUCAAUAAUGACACAAUUUGUAGGGGCGGGGAGACCAUCUACCCGGUGAGACUCACAGCCAGGACGUCACAGGAAGUGAUGUAGAGAUGUCUUGGCGUGAUGACGUCUCUGCAUGAUGCCACCACCUGCAAGUAGGAAAUGGAGGGAGAGGGUGCAAGUUCCAAUUUCCGUUUUUAGGAUUUAAAUGGAUGGACAGCUGAUGGAGAUAGAUAUGCAGCAGGAGGAAGGCUAUUUAGCCGAAACACGUUGUGCAAAUUUGGACUUUUAUUGGACUUUAUGUUUUGCAAUGAGGACAUCCAGUGUCAGCUAAAACUCCAUAGCAUUAUUUCCCCCUGCCAGCUGACUUUGGCGGAGGAGGUGCAGAGGAGAAACCUGACCCAGAGCCAAGGGACAUCAGUGCUGGAAUCAGGUAAGUGACAAAAGGGUUUUCAGCCCCACGGGGGGCUAGGAAUACAACAUUGUGGUUUCCAUUUCCAUUUUAAAUUCACUACAAAGUCCUGAAAUAUUCUUACUCAACAUAUGUAGUUUAGCUUAGGGAUAUGCAAAGAACAUGGUCAUGCAAUUCUUGGUUGCAGCAUAUAUGUCUUCUACCGCUCCUACUCUGCAGCUAGUACUUGACUGGCUUACCAAAGCAAAAAUGUACAAAGAAUUGUCUUACUGCUCCAGGUGUGCCCUCCCAAUGUUCCAAAAAAUCUGGCACAAAUUGAAGACACUUCCCCACUUCGAAACUCUGGAUGACCUGGUCCUUCUUCUCUUCUAACUAUCUCUUCUUUCAUACAGACAUACUUAUUCAGGCACACAGUCAUAAAGAUAUACAAACACACAGUCAUAAAAGGCAAACAAUCAAAUAAAGCCAUACAUGAACAAAGAUAGAGCCAUAUAGGAACACAGAAACACAUACAGAGACAUCCAGGCAUAGUCAUACAGAGAUACAGGCAUGCAUAGACAUACAGACACAAAUAUGCAGUCAUACAGAGAUAAAGAUACACAAUCAUACAGAGGCAUAUGGUCACAGGCAUACAGACACACAUACAUAAAGAGACAUACAGAAGCAUACAUACACAGACAUAUAGUCAUACAGAGACAUACAGAAAUGCCCAGAGUUUCACAGACACAGGCAUACAGUCAGAGAAAGACAGACAUACAGACACAGACAUAUUGUCAUACAGAGACAUACAGACAAAUGCAUACGGAGACAUACAGGCACGGGCAUACAGAGACAUACAUACUUAACAUAUAGUCAUACAGAGACAUACAACCAAAGGCAUACGGAGACAUACAGGCAUACAAACACAGAAACAUACAGACAAAUGCAUACAGAGACAUACAGGCACAGGCAUACAGAGACAUAAAUACUUAACUUACAGUCCUACAGAGACAUACAACCAAAGGCAUACGGAGACAUACAGGCAUACAAACAGACAUUUAGUCAUAUAGAGACAAGGGCAUUCUGAGACAUAAAGACACAGGCAUAUAGACACAAUCAUACAGAAACAGACACAGGUAGUCAUACAUGCAGUCACCGUUACAUACUUACAUCUCAGCCCUGUGCAAUCAGGUCCCUGGAAAGUGUGCUGUCUGCCUCUGUGGAGUUCCCUGCUGCCCAGUACAAUCUCUAGGCUCCAGCAGAGAUAUGACGUGAUUCACAUCCCUGCCACAGUAUCCGACCUUGAUUAUAAUGUUGCUUGUUAGACUUAUGUGGAUACCUCUGAAUCUUAUUUGUGCACAUUGUAUAAAUGCAUCGCUACCUUUUUCAUAUUAUUUCAGCACUUUUGUAAUUUCUAUUUACAAAUACUAAUAAUUCUAACAUGAAAAAGAAAAUGAAAUUCGCUUUGAAUUCUCAAUAAUUCUUACUCUUGAGGAUAACCUUAAUUUAAAUAUUAGUCUUGUCCAUUAUUAGUCUAAACAUUUCAGACUAAGUACCUGUGUAUGCCCAAAGUCUGGAAUGUGGCUUCAUAUGGUUUGUGCUCCACGUUCUACCUUUAUUGUAGCUUUUUAUGACAUGUUAAUAAACCCUAAAAUCACGUAUUAUGACGUAGGAUGACAUCACUCCUAUAUUUGAGUGCAUUGACUUCAGAGGAUGCAAGUCACAUGUUAUAUACAUCAUUAUGAUAUAAUAGUAAAUCAUGAUGUAGGAUGACAUCACUCCUUAUUUGGGCGGGUCACUGUGAACAUCCAGGACAGAUAGACAGUAAGGUUGCACAUAAGAAAGUGCAGCCUUACCUGUGUCUCGAGGUCAGAAUUGUCUUAACCCCUUAAGGACAUGUCAUGAUUCCCUUUUAUUACAGAUGUUUGGUCCUUAAGGGGUUAAAAGCAGACAAAUUAGUAUGCAAAGAUAUUUUUUGUUUUUCAUAUUUUAAACUAUAUAUUUUUUUUAAAAAAACAACUUUAAUUUCUUUCAAAUUAAAAAGAGUGUUUAAAAUUACCCAAAUCAUAUUUUUGAAUUAUUUGUUUAGAGAAGGAAUACACACGUAAUAAAUGCCUGUUCAAUCAAAUACUAAACAAGACAAGAUGGAAUAAUUUCACCUAAUUCUAUUUUUCAUUGAUUUUGUCCCUAAAAUACUAUAGUUUUUACUAAUGUUUGCAUAAUGUGAAUUAAUAAUUUGUAGCACUGGUAGCCACUUUAAAGGAAUCUUCUGCGUCAUUUUAUUUUAUUUCCUAAUCUGUUUAUGCAUUCUCUACCAAUGCACUAAAUACUGGGGAAUGGUCAACUCCUGCACAUAGUGUGUCUCUUUCACUCACAGAAACUAAGCAACAUUUACAUUGUGCUCAAAAUCCAACCUCAAAUUAUACCGGGUGAUAUCGUUAUUGCAUUGCAUUACAACAUCUUCCCGGGAUUAUAACACGGCUAGUCUACAUGUUUGCCAAUAACUAAAAUGGCGAUUUGGUAAACUCACUAGUAAUCCCACCCUUUACUGGUGUGCUAGAUUGCCAGUUUAGUACCCGCCCAGAACGUUAUAUUGACCAAUCAGCAGCCUCAAACUAACUUUCUCUCGCACGGAGAGCAGUGACGUGACAGUGCGACCAAUGAGAAGCGAGAAGGCGUGGACAGCUUGUUGUGCUGAAUAUGGGGGUGAAGCUGGAGGUUUUCAGGGUAAAUAUGACAUGUGACCUUUUAACCCUUCUUUAUCUCUCGGGUAAUAGAUGAGGGUUAAGGUAUUCUGUUUGGGAAUUGUUGGGUUUUUAGUAUAAAGGUUGUCCCCUGCUGAGGUCAGAAGAGGUGCACAUGCAGUCAUGCUGCACAUUUCUCCUACAGCAGAGGUGAAAGGGCUGUCCCCUAAAUCUUACUAGGUGCUCAUCCUAUAAGUCUUCUGGAGUUUUGGCUUUAUAUUUGUCACCCAGCUAUGUGCUUCUUAAAGGCAAAGCCCUGCAUGCAUACAGAUGAAUGACUGCAAAUUUUGCAUUGUUAUGGUUGUUUAGGGUUUAUUUACUAAAGUUUAUUUAAAACUAAAAAAGCUACAAUUUCUGGUGAAAUUGUGUGAAAUGUUCUUGCCUCCACCAGUAGUCUACAACUGGAGUGAGCUGAGUAACUGUUGUGUGGUUGGAGUGGCUGGACUACCUGUGGAAAGGUUGGAGUGUGGUUCACUCACUCUACAGCAAGGGCAGAGAAGAACUUUCAAAUCUUUCAAAUCCCUCGAACAUUCCACCAACUGCCAACAGGAACUAAUAGAUUUCAAAUAGGGCAGAGAAGAGCGGUUAGAAACAAACUGCUCCAAAUUGCUCAAUAAGAAUAAUAAUAAAUAUAUGUGAGAUAAUAGUAAGUGGUCUUGCCAUGGAGGGAUAUAAAUGUACCAAUUUAUAUCAAAACUUCCAGCUAUCCCUGCUGCCACUGUGAUGUUUUGUACAAAUCAGUCAAUAAUUCCUGUAUAACGAAGUACUCACUUUAUUAAUACAUAUAUAACAGCAUCUUCAUAUUGCAGCCUUGUUACACAGGGUUUCUGCAGCUGCCAUUUCAAAUCCCUCGAACAUUCCACCAACUGCCAACAGGAACUAAUAGAUUUCAAAUUGGGCAGAGAAGAGCGGUUAAAAACAAACUGCUCCAAAUUGCUCACUUCACUGGCGGUUGCCAUCUUCAAACGGUCGUAUUUUAUAAAUCCUACAGUGAAGAGCUUUAUAUUGUGAGAAUCACAAGACCCAGACCUACAUUUUGAUGCAUAGUAUGUCUCUGAAAUAUGAAGGCACAGUCACAGUGUAGAUAUUGCCCUAUGGUGGCUAGAGUGGAGUUUCAAUGAAUGUCAAUGGACGGCGUUGGUUGCAAACAAAUGGUCAUAUUGUGAAAACUAUCAGGACUAUGGCUUAGCCGUGGACAUUUUUAGUGGCAGCAGGGAUAGCUGAACGUUUUGAUAUAAGAUUUGUGUAGGUGGGCUUGAAAACGAGGAAGUGGUGGCAGUUUAGAAAUCAUGUCCUGAUUUUUCAGUUUUUGCCAGCUCCCACUCUAGUUUUGAACAUUUUGCCAUUCAUUCCUAUGGGACCAAUUUCGCCACAAGAACGACGAUAUUCCGUGAACCAUUCGGCGAAACGUUCCACAAAGUAAUAGCAAUCCAAUCGGGAACAAUCCACAUGUUUCGGUAUAUUACUGUCUAUGUAGUGUAAAAACUGUGGGAGGAGUUAGGGUGGUAAAUUUGGCUAUAAUAAUAUAUAUGUGAGAUAACAUUAAGUGGUCUUGCUAUGCAAGACCACUUAAUUAUAGAUCACAGCAACCACACUGGAAGUAUAGCUGUCUGAGAGCAGUGUUUCUCAACCUUUCAUGGAGAUGUACCCCUGCAGAUCUAAAAAAAUUCCCAAGAACCCCGACCUAAAAAAAGUAAUUUCUAUUGAUUUAAAGGACCACUAUAGUGCCAGGAAAACAAACUUGUUUUCCUGGCACUAUAUAGUCCUUGGGCCCCCCACCUUUAGCCACUUACCUUAAUCCAGCGCGGGGCUCCGUCGGCACUGGUCACCUUGCCUCCCCCUCCGACAUCAGCUCCUGAGUGGAGCCGAAUGCGCAUGCGUGGCCAGAGCCUUGAACACAUUCAAACCGCCCAUAGGAAAGCAUUACUCUUUUCACAUUGAGCGUUGUGGAAGCACCUCCAGCGGCUGUCAGGAAGACAGCCACUAGAGGCUGGAUUAACCCUGCAAUGUAAACAUAGCAGUUUCUCUGAAACUGCUAUGUUUACAGCUGCACGGUUAAAACCUGGGGGACCUGGCACCCAGACCUCUUCAUUGAGCUGAAGUGGUCUGGUUGACUAUAGUGGUCCUUUAAAUUCCAAAAUGAAACGUGUAGUCACUGAUGUUUAAAUUAAUCCCAUAUUGGAGAGCAAGCCUGAUUAAAGGUAGUAACAAAUAUUUUUUAAAAUAAAUAUGACAUAAUGUGAAUUUUGUGUAUUUAAGAAGGUGUGUAUGAAAUAUGUAUAUUUAAUCUGAAGUAUAAAAAUUUUAAAAAAUGAAACAAUACACACAAAAGACACUGAUACACACAUACAUUUACACAACGAAGAAACUGGCUCUCGCUCUCACUGAUCUGACACACACACUCAGACACCCUCACUUACUGAGAAGCACACUCACCGAUGUAACACAAACACAUUCAGGGACAAACGUGCUCUCACUGAUUUCGCACACUGACAGACACAUGCACUUUCUGUCACACACACACUCACAAAUCAUUUUGUGUUUUUUUUUGGUUUUUUUAAGUCCAUCCAGCAUCCCUACCUUUGGGAGAGCUGGAGCGGAUCCUUUCCCUGGGGUUCAUUGUGGAACUUGUGUAUUCUUUGUGCUCUUCCAGCAGUAAUCCCUCACGUGGUGUUUAGUGAUGCCUGCGUGAGAACAUAAACCAGCUUGUGGCAUCAUCGCAGGGUGUGAUGGAGCAGUGCUGGAAGAGCACAGACAUCAGCACUCCCUUGCUUCCCAACUCUCCUCCUGACACUACAUUUCCCCCUCCUGACACAUUCGGGUAAGCAGGUGCAUUCUCUGCCUUCGCACACAGUCAGCCAGCUCCUGGGGGCUUAUGUUGGCCAGCAGGGCAGCUUUCUGAAUACUACUUGAUUGUGGUGUGCAUACCACAGGCUGAGAAUCUGUACCUUAGAGAAUAUUGCUAGUGAGAGUACAACACUGAUAGGUUCCUGGCAGGUGAAACAAACCAGGAGCUGAAUAGCACUGACAGAAUAAAGGUAGUGACGGCUGCGAAGGCUAGUUUCAGGUAAGUAAAACCCACCUUCCCCUGCAUCAAUUGGCCACAACUCUUAAAACUGAUCUGACACCAUCAGAUGGCUUUGCAAAAACACCAGAUGGUGACAGUUACUUUAACUUUUAAAUUCACUUUAAUAAAUAAUCCUGUUUGUGUUGUUUACUGCUCUUCUCACAUAGAUAAUUAAGUGAAGAAAUGAUGAACUAUCAAUUUAGGAGAAAUGUUGAUUCCCCUUUAAAAACUUUUACUGUGUGGCAACAUUGCCCCUAGUGGUCAUCAUUGCUCAUUUCCAAAUGGUUUUUCACUGACAGUAUCUUUUUUUCCAGUACAUUUCUUUAAAGAGGACCUGUCACCUGUCAUGGUUUUUAAUACCAUGGUUGCUUAUGCCCUAUAGUUAACUCAUGAAUUUCUGAGGUAUGAAAAUUAAAGCAGAGAAUCACACCUUUUUAGCUUGCAACUUGGCAUUUUAGCUCCCUGUCAGUCAUUGUUAUAAGGCAGCUCUGGCCUUUGCACCUGGCAGUUGGCAUAGAGAGAGAAAGCAUACAGUGAAAAGGAGAAAUAAAACAAUGUUUCUAUUGCUGCUAAUCAUUCGCAAUGUUUGUUCUGGCUUUGGCUUUCCCAAACUGGAUUAUGAUGUCCUUUGCUAAAUGUUUUAUGUAAAUUUACAGAAACAGAGCAUCUCAUGAAAAAUGUUAACUCAAGGUCCAUCAGAACUUGAAUGUUACAUUCCAGCUGCAGGAUACCUUGAGUGAGGUUUCUAAGCAGAGACUGCUUUUCAUGAAAAUAUACUUCACUGUAAUAAAUUAAUGAGGGUUAGCAUGUAAAUUGAAAACAAAUUGAGUCAUAGAAAUUAAAAUAUAUAUAUUUGACCCUUUUUUACAAUUUACAACAAACUGUCAUGAUAAUGGCAAUCUUGAUCUUGGUUGGACCAUGGUUGAUAAUGAGUCUCUUGGAAGAAUAUUACAAGUUAGGUCAUAUAAUGACUUCACACAGAAAGACCAUUCCAUUCGGGAUCUUAAAGCGACCCUAUAGGCACCCAAACCACUUCAGCUCAUUAAAGUGGUCUGGGUGCACUGUCCCUGUCAGUUUAAUCCUGCAAUGGUAAUUAUUGCAGUUUUUGAGAAACUGCAGUAGUUACCUUGUAGGGUUUACUCCAACUCUUGUGGCUGUCUACCAGACAGCCACUAGAGGCUCUUUCGGGUGGUUAGGCGACAUUUGGUCACCUAACUGAUGCUAGCCUUUCUUACGCUAUGCAUGAGAACAUCUAGUGUCAGCUAAUACCCCACAGGAAAGCAUUGAAUCAAUGCUUUGCUAUGGAGUUGUCCUAAUGCGAUUGCACCGCUUGCCGCGCAUGUGCAUUAGGUCCCCAGUGUUGGCCGGCGUCAGGGGAGGAGGAGAGAAGGCAAAGCCUGACCUGGCGCUGAUGGAUAUCGGUGCUGGGAUCAAGUAAGUGACAAAAGGAUUUUAACCCUUUCUUCGCUGCGGGGGACACUAUAGGCCAGGAACACAAUUUUGUUUUCCUAGCCUAUAGUUUCCCUUUAAAAUCAAAAUACUUAAAAGGAACAGAAAUACAAAGGAGAGGAGAGCAAUCUGCAUCUUAGCUUACUUGUUUCACAGGGGUCAACAGGGGCUUUCAGAGUUGACAGGAGGAACUCCCAGAAGCUCAUUAUUACAAAUUUCUGUUCGUCCAAUAAAAAGGUAUUUCAAAUAACUGCAAUACUUAAUCUGCAUCCACCUUUCUGGAGUAAAUAUAACUCAAAUAUUAUGUCAUAUACUGAAACUCACAUAAAGGACCACUAUAAUCACCCAGACCACUUCAGCUCAAUAAAAUGGUCUGGGUGGUGCUAGGUCCCCCAGGUUUUAUCCCUGCAGCUGUAAACAUAGCAGUUUCAGAAAAACGAGGGAGCCUGGCGCUUGAUAAAGGUAAGUAAGUGGGGGGGGGAGGGAGGAGGGGGGAUUAGAUAGUGUCAGGAAAAAAAGUUUCGCUGCUUCUUCUGCAACUAAGCCUUUGUGGGAUUUGAGGAAAGCUUGGGAUCAUUUUUUUUUUUUUGGAAGGUCCAAUGAAGCUUAAGCUUCAGCUUGCUCACAGAUAUCAUGAUGUUUUCUCCUAGGAUUUCCUGAUUGCAGUUUCUCUAAAACUGUAAUGUUUUACAUUGCAGGACUAAGAGGGACAGGGACAUUGCACCCAGACCACUUCAAUGAGAUGGUGUGGUCUGGGUUUUCAGCUUGCUCACAGAUAUCAUGAUGUUUUCUCCUAGGAUUUCCUGAUUGCAGUUUCUCUAAAACUGUAAUGUUUUACAUUGCAGGACUAAGAGGGACAGGGACAUUGCACCCAGACCACUUCAAUGAGAUGGUGUGGUCUGGGUUUUCAGCUUGCUCACAGAUAUCAUGAUGUUUUCUCCUAGGAUUUCCUGAUUGCAGUUUCUCUAAAACUGUAAUGUUUUACAUUGCAGGACUAAGAGGGACAGGUACAUUGCACCCAGACCACUUCAAUGAGAUGGUGUGGUCUGGGUUUGUAUGGUAUCCCUUUAAUGAACUACUGCUUGUUAUGGUACCAUGUUAUGUUAGUCCACAAACAUUUAAACAUGUUUGUUUUUUUUCAGAUAGUUUUGUUUGUGGCUCUUGAAAAUUCCACCCACUAUUUUUUAGUCUACCUAGAUCAAAAGUAUGUUAACACCUCUAAAUCUGUUUACUAGUGAUAAUAUAAUAAAAAGUUCAAUUUUUUAUGUCAAAUACAUUUUCCAAGUUUUGGGUGUGGCAAUAAUUUUAUAUUCGGUUUCAAAUAGUGGACUAGUUUCAAUCACAGGUCUGAUCGCUCAUAUUUGUCUCCACAGAUGGCUCUGUAUUUGUCAUUUCCAGUCUCCAUGUUUUGGAUCUCUAACCAGGCAGAGUAUUUUGAAGAGUAUGUUGUGAAGCGUAAGGUGAGUGUCUGCCUGAUUUAUCGAUCUCUAGAAUGUAAGCUCAUUUGAGAAUGGCCCUCAACGCCCUCUGUUCCUGUGUGUUCAAUUUGUCUUGUUGCAAGUACAUGUCUGUUAGUCCACCUAAGGUACAGCGCUUUGGAGUUUGUUGGUGCUUUAUAAAUAAUAAUAUUAACAGAGGAGGAGAUAAGAAAAUCUAUAUUAAACAGACUGUGGAAUAAAGGAAAUGUAAACAUUCGAACUCUCUUUACAGGAAGUGUUGAGGAAGGCAUGCAUGCUAGGGAGAUGUGACUUGGGCUGCAUAAAUAAAUAAUGUAACUCCUGAAUGGCAGAGAAUUGAGCAGUAAGACUGCAUUGGUAUGAUCUAUACACCAAAACUGCUUCAUUCAACUAAAUUUGUUUUUGUGCCUAUAGUGUCCUUUUCUAAUAACUAGCAGCUGGUCCACACUACAGAGUUAUAACAAUCGUGAUUUAUAAUAAUAGGCUAACAGGAAUUUUUGUUACCCAUAAAGAAUAACAGGAGACAAUAAGAGCUUCUUAUUGCUCCUUGUCAUGCUAGCUGCUACAUUUUAUCAGCAGGGUAUAGUGUUUGUCUCCAUACAACCUCUUGGCCAUAUAUACCGCCUUUCCUCGAAAAUAAGACCGGGUCUUAUAUUAAUAUUACCCCCCGAAAAGCGCACUAGGGCUUGUUUUCGGGGGAUGUCUUAUUUUGGGGGAAACCGUAGCAAGCAUGUGUUUGUAAGCAGGUCUGGGAAUUCCCCUGAACCUAGACCUGUUCACUAAGGCAUGGAAUCCCACAAAUCUAUGUUCAGGGAAACUUGCCCUCGAUUAGUUUACUCGUGAAAGGAAUCCCGUGAAUUAUUUAUUUAUAAAAUAUUUUACCAGGAAAAAUACAUUCAGAUUUCUUUCGUUUUCAAGUAUGUCCUGGGUCCACAAAACAUUGCAUUGAUUCAUUAUGGUACAAUAAAAUACAAAAACAAUAUUAACACAAUAUAUACAAAAUUUAACACAGAACAGGUAGGAAAUAUAUAAUCAGCCAUGACACAUGCAUUCUGUUUUGAGGUAUGUAGAGAGGGAUCUCUUAAAGCACUUUAGGCUUGGGGAAGAUUUUAAAGUGUGCAGGAGGUCGUUCCAUAAUUGCGGCGCUCCGUAGGAGAAAGAGGAUCGUGCCGCUUUCUUUUCAUAUUGUGGUAGACUAAAUAAAGUGCUGGUACUGGAUCGGAGGUUAUAGGAGAUGGGAACAACCGAGGAGAGCAUUCUGCUCAGGUACGGUGGGAGUUUCCCAAAAAAGCUCUUAAACACAAGGCUGGAAAGAUGAAGUUUAGUUCUUUUAGCAUGUCACAAUGGUGGGUCCUGUAAUUACAUUGUAGCACAAAUCGACAGAACGAGUUAUACAAUGUAUUAAGUUUGUUAAUGUGGGAUUGCGGUGCAGAUGCAUAUACUACAUCCCCAUAAUCAAUGAUUGGCAUCAGCAUUUGCUGUACAAUAUUUUCCUUUACUGCAGGGCUUAGGCAAUCUUUAGGAAAAUUCCCCGAACAUAGAUUAGCUAACUAGCGACUAGGGCUUAUUUUCAGGGUAGAGCUUAUAUUACGAGCCUUCCCUGAAAAAAAGCUAGGGCUUAUUUUCGGGGGAUAUCUUAUUUUCGGUGAAACAGGGUAUUUGAGUGUUUCUCAAACUUAUUCCUCCAAGUUGGCCAUAAGUUGAGUUUGGCUAUUUUGGCUUACAAUUUUAGCCUUGAUGUUCCAUUUGCAUUUUAAUUUGUUCUAAUUUGAAUCUAAGCAAAUAAACUCUUCUAAAUCAUUAAUGAUAUUUUUUUUAAACAUGCAAGUCUCUUUUUACAGUAACAUAUACUUCUUAUUUCUUUAUAACAGAGACAAUUAUUUCCCCCAGAGCGGGAAACGGUAAGUGCUGUGUUAGUAUUUCAAUCUGUUUGUAAGGUGUAUUGAUGUGAUCUAAUGGUGGUUGUAUGUGGUUUGUGUGCCAAGUGGGCAAAUACAAUAUCUUCUCUCUUCCUCUACAUGUAGUGUAUAUGCAUAGUGAAUAAAGCCAGUAUUUUUGAUAUUUACAUAUUGCUGUACUGCUUAUAAGUUUAUACCUGCUUGGUACAGUCCAUUUUCUACCUAAUGGGUACCAACAGUGUGUUUUGCCUCUUUAUUCAUAUAGCAUAUACAACAAAGAGAACAAUGUUUAAUUGUGCCACUCCCCUCUCUACACCUGUAUAGUGUGUUUACGGAAUUUUUACAGACCGUCUUUGUGGGUGGGUGUGUUUUGCCUGUAUGAAUCUGUAUUGUAUAUAUCUAAUACGCAUAGUUAGCUGUGCUGUCCCUGGUUGUAUCUUUAAAAUAACUUACCUAGUAAGGGAAUAUCCUUCCUAUACUAUUUUUUGGGUAAGACUGGUUACAUAAUUAUGGCUGGCACAUAAUUAGAAGCAUUUGGCACAUGAAGCUAUAUGCACAAAGGUAAGGAUAUGUUCUCCUUUCAGUAAAAUGUGCAUGACUUUGAUUUUUUUUUUUUCUCUUUCUUUUAUUGUUGUAUAGAGAAAGGAAUUUGAAGAUCAACGUGAACAUUUCAGAAAACAGAGAGAUGAAAUGAUGGACCAAAUGAAAUAGAUCUAUUGGUUAUUAUAUUCCCUUUUUCCCCAGAAAUGAUUGCCCAGUUUACAGCAUGUAGAUUGCUAUUUUUUUGUACAAAUAUAAAUUGAGAUGUUUAUGUUUGUAAGACUGUUUUCAUUUAAAACAGAGAAAGGGU